UGUUCCCCAUUUCCUCCCCCAAUUCCCCAUUCACAAUCCCCACCUCACUCUCUCUCUCUCUCUCUCUCGAUCUCGAAAAUCCCCCCUUUUCUCUUUUCUAGAAUCAACCCCAUCUCUCUCUCUCUCUCUCUGUCUCUGCAUAAUCCAUGGACCCGACGCUACCGUUGCCGUUUCCUCCGCCGCCCAGCGCCACACCCUCCUUUCCCGACCCCACAGCCAUCCCCGCUGUAGUCCCCGCCGCCACCGAAGCUCAGAACCACCUUGCUCAUGCAGCCAACCCUACCCUUAACCCCAACCUUCCCCCUGCCGCCAAUCCUGCCCCACAGCUCAACCACAGCCACCCGCCUUACGCCGAGAUGAUAUACGCGGCGAUUGCUGCUCUGAAUGAGCGGAACGGGUCGAGCAAGAGAGCCAUAGCCAAGUACAUAGAGCAAGCUUACUCGGGCCUACCGCCCAGUCACUCGGCCUUGUUGACUCACAACCUCAAGCGCUUGAAGAACACCGGUCAUCUUGUCAUGGUCAAGAAAUCGUACAAGCUUCCUAGAUCUGAUGCGUCUCCUUCGGCUCCUCCAGCUCCUUCUCUUUCUGGGGACCCAAAGGGCCAGGGCCGUGGUCGUGGCCGUCCUCCAAAGCCCAAGAUUGCUCCCGGUCCCAUUAUUGAGCCGAACGCGCAGCCCGUUCUGGUCGCUCUUGGGCUCGUGGACGAUCCCAAUGUUCAGCCGGUGGAGGCCAAGCGAGGUCCUGGUCGUCCACGUAAAACUGGGCCGGUGGGCCAGGAUGGUGGUCCUACCAAGAGGGGUAGAGGCAGGCCACCUGGGCCUAGAGUCGGAGUGAAACCCAGGUUGAUGAAGAAGACUCCGAAGCCCAAGUCUGUGACGUCAGUGUUGGGCUCUAAUGGGCUCAAAAGAGGCCGCGGACGCCCACCCAAGUCCCAGCUCAAGACCAUGGUUAUUCCUUUCGCCCCGAACAAUGUCCCAGCAGUAGCACCGGUGGUAAAUGUACCGAGGCCUAGAGGUAGGCCGAAGAAGGAUGCAGCUGCACCAGUUUUACCGGUGUAUGCAGCUGAUGGUGUCGUUGGAAAAUUUCCCGGCGGACCGCCAAACGUUGGCAAGGCCCGGAAGCCGAAAAAAACAACCGGGAGGCCGGUUGGCCGGCCGAAGAAGAACGCAGCUCCAUUUGCUCUAUCUGCAGUGCCCGACGCACAACCAAUCGCCUACGUAGAUCUUAAGAGGAAACUUGAAUAUAUACAAUCUAAAGUGAGUGAAGCUGUUGCCGUGCUGAAACAUCAGAUAACUAACGAAAGCGCUGUGGUGGCAAUCCAAGAGUUAGAAGGGCUGGCAGCAAUGGACAUUAUUUCGGCACCAUUACAAGUUGAAACCCAACAGCCGGAACAGUUGCCACCGCCACAACAGUUGCAACAGCUGCUGCAUCCGCCAGAGCUGCCACAGCCACAACUGCCACAGCCACAACUGCCACAAUGGCUGCCCCAUCAGCAAGAGCUGCUACAGCCACACCCGCCUUUUGCUCCAUAAUUAGUAAGAAUUUGUGCAACCAAAAAAAGACCCUGUUUUCGGGAUCUAGAAUGAGUCUUGAUUGUGAGGAUCAAUAAGCUGUCUUCUAAAUGUUUUAACAUAGCACUAGAGGAAAUGAUCUGUAAAGGGAAUAGGUAAGUAGAGAAACUAAUUUGUCAUUGAUGGUAGAGAUUGAUUAUGUUCAUGAAGUUUGUUGUUUAAUUAACUUUAGUGCGACCAUUAAGCUUAUCAUUAA